CAAACAACCAUAAAAGUAUUGGCCUGGUUGCGGGAUUUCGCUCACAGCCAGACAGACAGCACGAAGGCGUGUGUUGGACCAAUUAACGGGCCAGUCUGUGUGCUGCCCCGCUGACCGUAUCUUCCUGGGCGGCUUUUGCUCUUACUGUGAGGACCGUCAGCAGCUGCAGCAGGACAAACAGUAAACCUAAAAGAUAGACACCAGAAAGUUUGCAAUGGGCUCGUUUUGGGCUCCAGUCUGCGCCACCGCAUUUCUCCUGAUUGUAAUGAGCUCAGCAUCCAGGGAUGAGCAGGUCGUUGAGCAACGUGAGGUCACCUUUGACCUUGACAAAAUCAUCAUGCAAGAGAUGCAACAACCAGAGUCAUUCAUGUUGCAGAAAGAGGCAGAUUUGUCAGAUCUCUUUGAUCCUGAGGACUUCCAAGUAGAGCAGGUAAUGGUGUCUCCAAAGUUUGAUGCCCGGAAUGAAAGAGGGAGCUCCAGACCCGGAAUGUUGACACCAAGAGGAAGUCGACCAGUUUUUUGGCCCCGUUCUUUCCCUCCCAUACAGGACUAUCCCGUUCAGUUCCCCCUUGGCCGGCCGACCCCGAACAAUCUUGAAGCCAUCUGUCUCCAUGCAGACCUUCGUCCCCGCUACCCAGACUCCUACUUUCCUCGCUCUGGUUUUGGCCAGCAGGUCCGAAGGGCCGAUGCUGUCAAUAAUGCAGAGACCUGGUUCAGUACAUGCUGCAAAGGGAACCAAACAUGGGAAAAGGAAGUGACACUCUGUUGUGCCACACAAGCGUGGGAGCUGUCAGUCAAAUCCUUCUGUGAAGAGGACUCAUCAGUAAAGGAUCGUCUUUAUCACUGCUGCAGACUAAGUGGCAGCGAGAGACUGAACUGCUUCCAUAACGAUGCUCCAAACCCAAACUAUGAGGCAACAGAGGAGCUGCCAAUGCCAGAGGUCCCCUCUAAAGCCAGCUUCAACUUUGACCCCAACACUUGCGGGAGGACAGUGAUGACUCCAUACAGAACUAGAGGAAGCAGAGGGAAAAAGGAGAAGAAACUGUUAACUCCCAAAAAAGUUGACAUCAGAUUUCCUCCUGGACGACCCACCGCAACUGUCAUUGAGUCACUGUGUCGCAACCAGAAUAUUCGACCCCUCUAUAAUGUCAGGUGCUUGCCAAAUAGAGGCUAUGAAUGGGUGGCUCGUCAGGCGAAGACCAUUAAUUCGAUGGAGAAGGGAUUCAAACAGUGUUGCAAAAAGAGGAAGGAUGUGCUCUUUUGUGCUGAACAAAAGUGGCGCGAGGGGCUUAAGAAGUUUUGCUUGCAGAAGACCAGUGAUCAGGCUGCUUCCAGCUGUUGCUUGGGCAAUGGAGCAAAUGAUCAAUACAACUGCUUCCAAAACAUGUCUCCUGACCCAUAUUACAACAUGACUUCGGCCACUGAAGAGCUCUCACUUAACAAAGUCUGUGACACACACAAGAUCAUCAAGAAGAGGUUCCGUGUUGGUUUUCCUCUCUUUGUGAGGGAAUGCUGCCCCCUAUCUCCACAAGACCAGACUGGUUGUUUUAUGCAAAGGCUUGAGGAAAUGUCACAGGUGGCUUGUUCUUCAGUGGAUGCCACCCCAGCUGUCCGCCGCUGUUGCCUCCUGCCCUCCGAAGAGUUUCCACAGUGCACUGCCAAAAUUCUCAUGGAUGCCGUCACCAAGGCAACCAGUCUCUCACGCCAGAAGAAAAGGUGCCCAAUCUCCUAAACCCUGUGACCUUUUGCUACUGACCCUACUGGCACUGGGCCAUUCAAGUAAUGGUACACAAAUCCCACUUAAAGGUCUGUAAGAUGAAAAGCACAUCUGAAGUGUGGACCAAAUUCAAGCUUCAUCUGCUGCCUGUGUUAUUUUUCAUCUUUUUAUCUAAGAUCACACGAGAAGCAUUGCCAUCACAAGAGUGCAUUCAUAAAGAAAUCAAGAUAUUGUUUAGUGCUUAGUUUGUAAACCAGACUGUUGUCUGAGUCACUGUACCACUAUUUUUUUUUUAUAGGCUGCUCUUUAUGUAUUUGACUAUGAAGGCAUUUUCUUUAUUCUUUGUACGCUGCAAGAUCAGUUAUUUUCUUUUUAAAUGAUUUUGUGGUUAAGAUCAAAUCAAUAAUGGUUCUAAUAAAUACAUUUUUUAAAUGUA